CACACACACACACACACACUGCUGGUAGGCACGCACAUCUACUACUCCUCGUCUUCUUCGUGCUCACUGGCUGCACGCAGGCACAAGGGUUCCAUGUGAAUCCUAUCGAGGAUCGUGUGAGCCGCCGUAUCUCCACUCCGCUGUUAUUUAUGGUCGCUUGCCCUUGCACGCGCAUCAGUCUCUGAAGCGUGCGUACGUACUAGCAGUGUGUGUAUAUAAGCAAGCGCUCGCCACUUCGCCAGCAUCGCCUGGCCGGCUAUCUCAGCUUCCUCAUUCCCUGGCUUCCUCAGUUCCUCCACGUACGACUCCUCCACAACGUGCGAGCUAGCUGCGGUGCGAGACGAGACGAUUAGGCCUUGUUCGGUUCCUCUAAAUUUGAAGAGGUUUGGAGGGGAUUGAGAGGGAUUAAAUCUCCUACAACUCAAAUUUCAUCUAAAUCCCCUUCAAUCCUCUUCAAUCCCUCUUGGGAGGGAUUAACCGAACAAGGCCUUAAUGAGGAAGUCAGCUGGCGUGGGAGCUCUGGCGCUGGCCCUUGCGCUGGCCAUGGCCUCCUGCUCGUGCGUGACCCAUGGCACCAGAACCACACCAAGUUCAGGUGCCGAUGCCCUGCAACCUGGCCGUGAGGCGACGCCCGGAGGGCAAGCGGCCUCGCCGUCGUCCCAUCAGGAGAAGCAAGGGAUGAUGCUCAAGGAGGGAGCGGUGACGGGGUCGCGGCUGCCGGACUGCGCGCACGCGUGCGGGGCGUGCGCCCCGUGCAAGCGGGUCAUGGUGAGCUUCCGGUGCGCCGAGGCCUCCGAGUCGUGCCCCAUCGCCUACCGCUGCAUGUGCCGCGGCAGGUUCUUCCGCGUCCCCACCCUCUAGUCUAGGCUCUGCAACGCCUGUGUUCCUUUCUUCUCGCUUCGUGAUUCUGCUCUUGCUGGCGUUGGCGUCAAGCUUGUGGAUUGUCUGUUCCUUGAGUGUUGUAUGUAAGAAAUAAUAACGUUAA